GCAAUGCAAUUGGGUUUAGCGCAAUUCGAAGACAUUAUCAACUAAGGAUUGUCGUCGAAUUUUUUCCGCUCUGCACUCUCCUUCUCUGUACCUGACCACCAAACAGAGUUUCUGAUUGAUAUCCAUCAUUUCAGUAAAAGAACCAGCGUCUCCUCUUUAACUGGCAUAGAGGAUACAUCAACCUUUUACAAAAAUGGCCCAGAGAGGAGGCACACCUCAGCGUCCUAAUGGAGUUGCACAGGGGAAGAUACAGCCAUUUAAAUUGGUUUUGCUAGGAGAAUCAGCAGUUGGAAAGUCAAGUCUUGUUCUGCGCUUUGUCAAAGGACAAUUUCAUGAAUACCAGGAAAGCACGAUUGGAGCGGCUUUCCUAACACAGACUGUCUGCUUUGACGAUACCACUGUUAAAUUUGAAAUCUGGGACACAGCUGGCCAAGAAAGGUACCAUAGCCUGGCACCAAUGUACUACAGAGGCUCCCAAGCAGCCAUAGUUGUUUAUGACAUUACCAACACGGAUACUUUCGCGAGAGCAAAAACCUGGGUUAAAGAGCUCCACAGGCAAGCGAGCGCUAACAUUGUAAUUGCCUUAGCCGGAAAUAAAGCCGAUUUGAGCAACAAACGCAUGAUCGAAUUUGAAGAGGCUCAAGCUUAUUCAGAAGAAAAUGGUCUUUUGUUUAUGGAAACUUCAGCCAAGACCGCAAUGAACGUCAACGAAUUGUUCCUUGCCAUCGCAAAAAAAUUGCCAAAGAAUCAAGAGUCGCAAGGUGCAGCUGCUGGUACUAGUGUCCGCGGUGGCGUUCAACUUUCUAACAAAGACACCGAACAACGUCAGAAUAAAGGAUGCUGCGGUGGAGGAAAUUAGAUUUAUACCUGUUGGAAAUGAGAAAUGAUUUAUGUAUCCAAUGGUACAGACACAAAUAUUAGGCUGUAUUGUCGUGACUUUAUUGUUUUUGGGCGAAACGUAGCAUUAAGUUACCUUGUAUUUUGUCACGCACAUCUAAUCCUGUCCGUAUAUUGGUACGAAUUUUGAAAGUAAUCUCCAGUGUAGUCACUUUCCAAAAUUAAAGCAUUUAAGGGAGGUCUGUCAGGUUAAAGGGGUCAAAGGGUUUUUGCAUUAUCCUCUGAUAUAGUGUAUACAAACAGCUAUCAUUUUAUUACCACUAAAGCAGGUAAGCUUUUUCAGAACAUUUUGGUAAAAGUAUUCACCUUUUAUAAAAAUAUAGCCUUUAAUCUCAUAAAAAACAGUUCCAAAAGUCAUUAGAAAUUGUAGGGAUCCUUCCCUUGCAUAUAGGCUUGAAAUUUGCACAUCUCAUGUGAAUACUCCUGCCAAUGUUUUCUAAAAUCUGUCAUGUCCCUACAAUUUCUCGUGUUAAUUUUUGCUAGUGCUUGAUUUUGGAAAAUAGGUAUCAUCAAUUUCAGCUGCAAUUUUUUGUCCCCUUUCCUCUGGCCCAAUCUUUCAUACAGCGCACUGUUUUUAUUAAAUUUGUUGUGUCUGAUAAAAAUAUACCGUACUUUUUCAAACAGUCAGUGAUUCAGUUUUCUUUUAGUAUAAUUAUAGUAAUUAAGUACCAUUUAAGCUGAUAAUGAACAUAAUUUAUUAUUUUCCUUUAGUUCCCACAAUCUAUUAUCUGUGAAAUAUGUAUAAAUGUUUCCAAGCCUUUUCAAAACAAGACGGUUGUCUUUGGAGCAAUUUUAUCAAGGGUUCCUUAAGAGUCUGCUUUAGAUCGACAUUGCGUUUUGAGCCGACUCAAUUGAAGGAAAGUAAAAGACCCUGCUUUUCCAAUAAUUCACUUAUUGUAUCUUCUGUUACAGCUGUUAAGCAAUGUAAAUUUAUUCUUCAUUUCGCCUUAUUAUUCAAGACAAAAUUGCAUUUAUGUUUUGCCUGAAGUUGAAUAAUUUUGACAGUGAAUGCGCCAUGCUCUUUUUGCAUUACAAAUAGA